UUCCAGAGAUCAGCUCAGUCCACAGAGUUCCACUUCCCCUGGAGCUAGUGGAGCAGUUCGAACACAUGCAGUGCAAUUGUAUGAUGGGAGUAUUUCCAGAGAUCAGCAGAGCUUGGCUGACCAUCGACAGUGACAUCUUUAUGUGGAACUAUGAAGAUGGGGGAGAUCUGUUUUAUUUUGAUGGCCUUAGUGAAAUUAUUCUUGCAGUGGGUCUGGUAAAGCCAAAGGCAGGUAUCUUCCAGCCUCAUGUACGACACUUACUUGUUCUGGCUACUCCCGUGGAUAUUGUGAUUCUAGGACUCUAUUUUUCUAAUACACAAGCAGGUAGUGGAUCACUCAAUGACAGCAUGUCUGGAGAAAUGCAGCUGCUACCAGAUCCUCUGUAUUCUCUCCCCACUGACAAUACUUACAUCCUCGCAAUAACAUCCACGGAUAAUGGGCGUAUCUUUCUGGCUGGAAAAGAUGGUUGCUUGUAUGAAGUAGCAUACCAGGCUGAAGCAGGCUGGUUUAGCCAGCGCUGUAGAAAAAUUAAUCAUUCAAAGAGCACUCUGUCCUUCCUCAUUCCUUCAUUGCUACAGUUCACAUUCUCAGAGGAUGAUCCUAUAGUUCAAAUCGCCAUUGACAACUCUCGGAAUACCUUGUACACCCGCUCAGAAAAAGGAGUCCUGCAA